AUGUUCAGCCGCCGCAAGAGAAGCUCUUCCCAACAUCGUCAGCCCCUCUCCGCGCCUGCGUCCCAAUCAGCGCAGUCCGCCGCGAGCCAUGCUUUCUUGAGAUCCCAACCUUCGACGAGCAGUCUCUCGUCCGCGGCUGCUGCGGCUGCUCUGCGAAAUCGCACACCGACUCCAACUUCGGUCGAAAAUGUCCAGACCAAACGUAUGAUGCAGCGAGCGUCCUCGACGCAUUCUCCGAAUAAUCCGCUGGUUACACGUCGUUCAGCAAGCGUCAGCGGCACGCUGCGUCGAUCAAAUAGCUCCGGGUCGAUGAGCGCGAGAACUUUUCGAGAACCAUCACCUCAUCGCCCCUCGACAAGCUCUGGCCCAAGCUCUGGUCCUGUAGUUACAUAUCAUCAAUUUGGCACGGUACCACCAUUGCCAAAUUUACCCGCGCAAUAUGCUGGCCGAGCUCAACAACCGGCUCGUCGCGCUGCGAGCAUUGAGCCAUCGAUGCGAUCUCCGCCAGCAUCCCCGUCAUCCCCAGCACGUACCACUCCUCGCGUUCGCGGAGGAUCGACAUCCCCACUGCAUAAUCGCAUUAGCAGCCUGUCGACUGUGCCCGAGGAUCGACCAGGAAGCCGAGGAUCCGUCAAUUUCUCAUACCCCAGGGGUGCACGACCCAACUCGCCUCCCCCAUCCCCGUUAAUCGCUGAGAACCGACCUGCUAGCUUAGGUCCGGCUACAGCCCGUAAUUUUUCGGCGACGGAAAGGGCCGGCACUCUCCAAACCACACCUCAGAAACCGAUUACUGCGGAAGCCAAUGCGCAAAACGUGGGAGGUUCUGAUGGACAUACUAGCAAGACUGCAGGACCAGCUCUUGGCAAGGCGCUCGCUGCAGCUCAGCGUGUUAGCACACAGAAGAGUGACCGCGGGCCGGAUCCUCAAGUAAGGGCUACACGGGUAGAGCAGGAGAGUUCUACCAAAUUGCAACUCCGAGUUCCUAGCAAUGAAUCAUCAGUUGUGAAUAGCGGCUCAGAGAUCGACCACCCGUCUUCACGAGUUGUUCCAGAACGCUGGCCCGCUACCGUCCCGGAAGAAACUGAACCCACAGAGAGGGCGAAUACCGAAAUGGCUGGAAAUCGAUUCGCGGCAUCAUCUCCCACGCCCGCGCAAAACGACGAUGAAGUUACGCCUCAAUCGUCUCCCUCGGCGGCUGUCAGAGACCCUAAGCAGCAGCAGGAAUUACUACAACUCCGUCAGUCAGGCAGUCCCGGUCGGUCUGCUCGAUUCUCUAAAUGGCUUUCCGUGAGUAGCAAUGAGAGCCAAAUUCACCAACCUCCUGGUAGAUCGGUAUCUCCUGUGAAGUCCGCUAUGAAGCACACCCGCGGGACUUCUGUAUCUCCGGAUAGGAGGGCCUCGAUGUCCGGAUUGACCGUUCAACCAGUUCAUGAGUUCUCCGACGGCACAUCGAUCGCAUCGGAUGAAGGGUCUCGACUCGGCGUUAAGAAGCGUGCACCCAAAGUCAGCUUCGAUGAAGAGGCUGAAAUUGUCGGCAUUGCUGCCAGUCCUCCUACCUCACCCGAAGACUAUACUCCCGGAUCGCCCCCAGCCAAAGUCAAGUCUCGUAUGAGCUGGCUUGGUGUUGGGAAAAAGAAGGGAGGAUCGGAGAAUGGAGUAGACGACAAUGAUUUUGGUGGAGUUUUGAAACCGCGACAGGUGCUUCCCUCAUUCGGUAGUGUUCGAGGAAACCGUGACGGCGGUGCGCCUGGCCCUGCUAUCCCUGAGUUCAGUGAUAAUGAGUCAAGCAGCUCAUCCGAUGAGGAGGUAGGGACCAACCCUAUCUCCUUCUCGAAUGACCAUGCUAUCGGUGGUCUGCUUCCACAGAUUCAGAAAGUAGAGAAGACUCAUGACGUGAAAUCCUUAGAGCAACUCUCCGUUAUUGGGGAACCAUCGCCGCCUCAGCAGCAGCCAACUAAAACCAAAAUCGAUGGCAUGUCUCUUGGAAUUACUAACCAGCCUCCAUUUGCCAAUGCAAACUCGAAUCUGCCCCCUCCUUCGAUUGCGGUAGAGCCAGCUACACCUCCUGUUGAUAUGGAUCGACCUAGCCGUGAGCUACAUCGAGUGAGCCGGUCAAGUCUCGAGUAUACCAUUCCCGGUGGCUUCCCGCUUUCAGCCUCAGACCGCAAUCUCAGGUCCGCAGCCGAAUCCGCAAAGUCCCAACCAGUCACCAGUGCGGUGCCAAAACUGGUUGAUGAUGUGGACACCGAGGGGGAGUCUGGCGAUAGUGUUUACAGCGAUGCAGCCGAGGAUUUCGAUGGGGAUGGAUUCGGAUCGAUCAAUGCAAUUGUUGACGCCAGAUCAAUUCCUAGAUCUUCAGGGCCCGUGGAACCAGUUCAUGAAAGCCGUGAUACAACUCCAAAGGCGGCUGAUCGGUCUACUAUUAUCGAUGAUGAAUCAAAGGAUGUCACGGAGCAAGCCGCGGAGCAUGGCCGAGCUAUCACGCCUACUCAAGAUUCUGUCAAUCGCGAGAUAGAAGAAUCCCCUGUCGCAGUAUCUGUCGUACCCGAGGUGGAACCUCGGGUCCCGGCUCGUGCAGUACCAAAUGGGCCGAUUCAACCAGAGACGCGACAGCAGCGAAGACCGAUGUCUGUCGAUGUUUACGCUGCAAACUUGCAAGAUCCCAGACACCAGAGCACAAAUAGAUCCUCUGCUGCCGCUGGUAAGCCUAAACCAAGACCCAUGUCAAUGGGUCCAGCGUUUCACAGAACAAAGGGCUCAGGUGGUGCUGCAUUCCCUACCUCUCUUCGUCGCACUAUGUCUAGCGGGAGUGACUCCUCCAGCAGCUUCAAACGAGCCAAUUCCUCAGUUCGAGGUGAUGGUGCCCGUUCAAUGCGUCGAACAAUGAGAUCUGGCGCGGCAGGCAUGCAAGGCCCACCAUCGGAUCGAACCGACUCACCUAUUGACCGACGACCAACGUCAUCUGGCUCCAACCAAGGGACUAUGCGCAAAACACUACGAGGCCCGCCAGGUGGUGACAACGAGCGGUACUCAUUCUUCUCCACCAACAAGAAGGCCGUUUCAGCACCCCGGGGAGGACGACUCUCGAAAAAUCCUUCUCGGUCUGCUCAAGGAACUCGAUUCAAAGACUCAGAUGAGGAAGGUGAAAGACAACCUCAGGUCUUCCGUAGCCGUUUCGCAGAUUCCAGCGAUGAAGGUGAAAAGGUCGAAACCCCGAUGCGACCUGUUCGAGGCAUUCCACGCCGUAUGGGUGCAUAUGAUGGAGAUUCUACAGAUCUAGAAGAUAGUUCGGAAGAGGAUCGUCGCCAAAAGUCCCAUGCAGCCGCCGCUCCUCGGGCACAGCCCGCUCGACCUGCCACCCGCGAUCAGAAUGCCAAUGCAAACAUGUCUGGUAUGGCAGCCGUAGCUCGCCAGCGCGGUAUGACGCAGAGGGAACUGGAAGAAUUCAUCAUGCAGCCUCAAGGUCGUAAGGGCGGAUUCCUGUCCCGUCUUGGUCUGAAAAAGUCCAAGAAUCCUGAAAAUCGCAUUCGCAAAGCGGAUGCGGAGAGUCCCUCUCGACGGGAUACACCAUUAGAACGAUCCCGAUUGGAGCGUGAAAACUUGCGCGAUGAUAGUUUUGUCAAUGGUGCUAGCCGUCCUGCUGUUGUGACGACUGUAACUGCGACUCAACCCGAGGCACCCUCCUCGUCUCCACAGAAGCUUCUGAAGAAGAACUCUAAGCGUUAUACCACCGGUGGAGAGCCUUGGCCACUCCGCUCUUUUCCUGGGGCCAACGCAUCCGAGCCAAUUCCAGAACAACCUGCCAUUGUCUCAAAUUCCCCAUCGCAAACGCAGAAGCCACCAGCUGAACAAGUUGGGCGGAAUGGAAGCACUACAAUCAAUGGGACAGGUGAAGGUCUAGCCAGCUCUGCCAUCAAAACGCCUGAGUCACCUAUCGGCCCUCGUGCUGGUCCAGAUUUGAACGACGAUGCCGCCUCGGAUAUGACUAGAAGUACUGCUGAUGAGCAUGGGCCUGUGGCCAGAGACGUGGUUAUUGCCGGAUCAGGUCGAAAAGAAACGUUUCCCCAUGCUUCGCAAGGCCUUUGGUCUACGAAGUUGAUGAUGCCCGUGUUUGAUUAUCUGAUUGAUGUUUCUACUUUCGCUUCUACUUCCCGAUGGGAAGGCAUUGACAUCUUCUAA